UUUUCCGUUCUCAUAUAUAACAGAAGAAAAAAAGAUAUAAACCCUAGAGAGCUUCCUUCAUUUCUCUCCUUUCCUCUGUUUCUCACUCUCACAUAGACCGCAGCUGCAUCUCACCGGCGUUUAUUCUUCUGCCACCGCUGCUUGCCGGCAACGUCUCCACCGUCACUUUUCUUUCUUUUCUCUCUGCUUCAACUCCACGGCGCCACUCCCACCCCAACUCCAUCUCCAUCUCUUAGUCGUUGGCCGCCGUGCUUGAAUUCUGUUUCUUUUUGGAUUAACCGAUCUUCAAUUAGGGCGAAUUUAGAAUUAGGUCAAUCUUUAAUUUGAAUUCCUGCCCAAUCGGGAUUACGUUAGACGGAUUUUUUUUGGGGAUUGAAACUGGAUUACCAAUCGGACUGAGUUUCAAUCGCUAGCUUUGUUAUAUAAAGAUUUUGCACUAGCCCGACGAACCUUUCCCAGAUUCCCAAUCCCAAGCGCUAGCUUCGUAAACGUCUCUCUAUCUUCACUAGCUCACUUAUAUUAUAUCUCUCUGGAUACGCUUCAUCUCUUCUAAGGAUUCUUGGGGCGCUAUUGUUGGUGGUUUAAGGGUUUCAAUUUGCCGAUAUUUCUAUGGGUCGAAAAAAGCCUACCGCAAGGGAUGAUGACAGCGCCCCUGCGGCAGCCCAUGGUGGUGGGAAGUCGAAGAAGAAGACAUUUGCAGUAGACGACGAUGAGUACUCCAUUGGAACCGAGUUGUCUGAAGAAGCGCAAAUUCAGGAGGAGAAGGUUGUGAUAACUGGGAAGAAGAAGGGUAAGAAGGGAAAUUCGAAAGCUUCACAACUUAAAGAGGAUGAUGACGAAGACGAUGGGGAUGGUGUUUCAGAAAUUGUUAUUACUGGGAAGAAGAAAGGCAAGUCGAAGAAGGGUGGAAGUAGCAGUGCUUUUACUGCUUCCAGUUUUGGUUUGCUUGAAGAGGAGGGAAUGGAUGGUGCUGAUGAUGACGAAGAAUCUGUGUUGACUGCAGAAAAGGAUGAUGAUGAUGAAGAGGAACAUCCUGCGAUCAAGUUUUCGGGCAAGAAGAAGUCUUCCAAAUCUUCAAAGAAGAGUGGUUUUUCUGCAGUGUCGGCAUUCACUGCCCUUGAUGAUGAGAAUGACGAGGAUGCGAUUGAUAAUGAGAUCAGGGUUGAUGAAGAUAUUGAUGAGCCUGUCGUUGAAUUUACAGGUAAGAAGAAGUCAUCAAAAGGUGGCAAGAAGGCUUUGAGUGCAUUUUCAGGUUUUAGUGGUCUUGACUAUGAGGAUGAUGACAGAGAUGAUCAAAAAGAUGAGGAGGAUGUUGCAUCAAUUAGCUUCUCUGGUAAGAAAAAGAAGUCCGCUAAGGCUUCAAAGAAGAGUGGAAAUUUGUUUAGUGCAGCAUUAGCAGAUGAGGAAAACGAUGGUGAUGUUUCUAUGUCAGAGACAAAUAAAUUAGACCAUGAUGGCGUUGAUGAAGACGAUGUUAAUGUAAUUGCAUUUUCUGGUAAGAAAAAGUCCUCUAAGAAGAAAAGCAACAGUACUUUUACUGCAUUAAGUGAUGAAAAUGCGCAGGGAAAUGAAGCUAAAGAUGUAGUCGUGCCUGAAAUACAUAAUACAGUAAGUAGCAAUCUUGAUUCUGAUUUAUCUAAUGCCAACAAGACGGAAGCAAUGGCGGAAACUUCAAAAAAUAAAAAAAAAAAGAAGAAGAGCGGAAGGACUGCUCAAGAAGAAGACGAUUUGGAUAAGAUUCUUGCUGAGCUAGGAGAAGGGCCUGCCAUUUCAAAACCAGCAGAUCCUCCUCUUUUAUCCCAGGAGGCCAAAGUUGAAAAUCCACCUGAGCUUGUAGCUCCUGCCGAAAAGGAAGCUGAAGAAGAUAGCACAGAAUCAGCUGCAGCAAGGAAGAAGAAAAAGAAGAAGGAGAAGGAAAAAGAAAAAAAGGCGGCAGCUGCUGCAGCUGCUGCUGAAGGGAAUGAUGAAAAAAUUGAGGAGGUAAAGACUGAAAUUAUAGAACCCAAAAAAGGUGCUGCAAAGAGUAAAGUGCCAGAGAAGAAAGUGCCAAAGCAUGUUAGGGAGAUGCAGGAAGCAAUGGCAAGAAGAAAAGAAGAGGAAGAGCGAAGGAAAAGGGAGGAAGAAGAGAGAUUGAAAAAAGAAGAAGAAGAGAGGCUUAGGCUGGAAGAACUUGAAAGGCAAGCUGAAGAGGCUAAGCGUAGGAAAAAGGAAAGAGAAAAAGAGAAGCUUUUAAGGAAGAAACUGGAAGGCAAGCUGUUAACAGGUAAACAAAAGGAAGAACAACGGAGGUUGGAGGCAAUGAGGAAACAGAUAUUGUCAAAUACAGGAGGUUUACCUCUGUCUACAUCUGACCCCAGUGCACCAGCUAAGCGACCAAAAUACCAGACAAAGAAGACAAAACCAUCCCAUCAUCAAACAAAUGGCAAUGCACAAACUAAGGCCGUAGAACAUAUAGAAGAAAAAAUACAAGAAAGAGAUGUGGCAGAGACAGAAGUAUUGGAGUCAGAGAAGAUUGAAGCUGUUGAGUUGAUGCAUGUGGAGGAAAAGUCGGGGAUUCUUGAGGCUACUGAAGAUAAUGAAAUUCAAGAAGACGAGGAUGAGGAUGAAUGGGAUGCAAAGAGUUGGGAUGAUGCUGUUGUUGAUCUUUCCUUAAAGAGUUCCUUCGCUGAUGAGGAGCUUGAAUCUGAACCAGAGAAUGACAUGAAAAAGGAUAGAAAGAAUGGCGCAGGUGCCAAGCUAGCUGCUCCUGCUCAAAAAGGUUUACCUUCUCAGUCUAUAAAGUCCCAAGAUAUUGAAAACAAAAAGAAGCAGGACGAAGUUGAGGUUCCUGACAAGGGCGAAAGAAAAGAGGAUGCUGUUAGGAAAAAAGCUUCAAUUCCAGAUGCCACUCCUGUACAACAGGAAGAAAAUCUUCGCUCACCCAUCUGUUGUAUUAUGGGUCAUGUUGAUACUGGUAAAACCAAGCUACUAGACUGUAUCCGUGGCACAAAUGUUCAAGAAGGAGAAGCGGGAGGAAUUACUCAGCAGAUUGGGGCAACCUAUUUUCCUGCUGAGAACAUUCGGGAAAGAACUAGGGAACUGAAAGCUGAUGCAAAACUGAAGGUUCCUGGCCUACUUAUUAUUGAUACGCCUGGGCAUGAGUCGUUUACGAACUUACGUUCUCGUGGUUCAGGCUUAUGUGAUCUCGCAAUUUUGGUUGUUGACAUCAUGCAUGGCUUAGAGCCACAAACAAUAGAAUCUCUUAAUCUCUUGAGGAUGAGAAACACAGAAUUUAUUGUUGCUUUGAAUAAGGUUGACAGACUUUAUGGGUGGAAAACAAUCCGCAAUGCACCAAUACUCAAGACAAUGAAGCAGCAAACUAAGGAUGUGCAGAAUGAGUUCAAUAUGAGGCUUAUUCAGAUUAUUACUCAAUUUAAAGAGCAGGGAUUGAAUACGGAGCUGUAUUAUAAAAAUAAAGAAAUGGGGGAGACUUUCAGUAUAGUACCUACAAGUGCUGUCACUGGCGAAGGUAUUCCAGACAUGUUACUAUUAUUGGUGCAGUGGGCCCAGAAAACCAUGACGAAGAAACUUACAUAUAGUGACGAAGUGCAGUGUACGGUCUUGGAGGUCAAGGUUGUUGAAGGUCAUGGAACAACUAUUGAUGUCAUACUGGUUAAUGGUGUGCUGCAUGAAGGAGAUCAAAUUGUAGUUUGUGGGAUGCAGGGUCCAAUUGUUACUACUAUUCGAGCCCUAUUGACACCCCAUCCUAUGAAGGAACUCCGGGUGAAGGGAACAUAUCUGCAUCACAAGGAAAUCAAGGCUGCUCAGGGGAUAAAAAUAACUGGACAGGGUCUUGAGCAUGCCAUUGCUGGAACCAGUCUUCAUGUUGUAGGUCCUGAGGAUGACUUGGAAGACAUCAAGGAUUCAGCUAUGGAAGAUAUGAAGUCAGUCUUGAGCAGAAUAGACAAGACUGGUGAGGGAGUCUGUGUUCAAGCAUCUACACUUGGUUCCUUGGAAGCAUUAUUGGAGUUUUUGAAGUCCCCGGCAGUGAGCAUUCCUGUCAGUGGAAUAAGUAUAGGACCUGUUCACAAAAAAGAUGUCAUGAAAGCUAGUGUGAUGCUUGAAAAGAAAAAAGAAUAUGCCACUAUUUUGGCUUUUGAUGUUAAAGUAACUCCAGAAGCUCGAGAACUUGCUGAUGAGCUUGGUGUGAAGAUCUUUAUUGCUGAUAUCAUUUAUCACUUGUUCGACCAAUUCAAGGCCUAUAUUGAUAACCUCAAGGAGGAAAAGAAGAAAGAAGCUGCCGAGGAAGCAGUCUUUCCUUGUGUUCUCAAAAUUUUACCAAAUUGCAUUUUCAACAAGAAGGAUCCAAUUGUGCUGGGGGUCGAUGUGAUUGAAGGCAUUGCCAAGGUUGGCACACCAAUUUGUAUUCCUCAAAGAGAUUUUAUUGACAUUGGUCGCAUUGCAUCUAUUGAAAAUAAUCACAAACCUGUUGAUUAUGCAAAGAAAGGGCAGAAGAUUGCGAUUAAGAUAGUUGGGCAUUCCUCGGAGGAGCAGCAAAAGAUGUAUGGUAGGCAUUUUGAUUUGGAGGAUGAACUUGUCAGCCAUAUAUCAAGGAAGUCCAUUGACCUUCUCAAAGCCAAUUAUCGGGAUGAUUUGUCCACGGAUGAAUGGAGACUUGUGGUGAAAUUGAAGAAUCUUUUCAAGAUACAAUGAAAUGCAACACCAUCAACUAGAGCGUUCUGUGACUUUUUGAACAGCUGGUUCGGAUCAGGUGUCAUAGGGUUAAUAUGUUGAAGAUACAGAGGAAACGAGGGAGGGAAGAAGGUUGUCCCUUGGAAAAGACACCCGUGCCGAGUUUAUGGAUAGGGUGAUUGUUGAAUUCAUUUAGGCGGGAAGGUAUCCGGAAUGGAAUAACACAACUAUUUCUCGUGCAUGAGAAAGCCACCAACCAAUCAACUCAGGUGUUAUCUCUCCUUAUGGAAUCAUUGAAUAGCUAAGUUUUGUCGUGAUUACCUAUAGAGAUUUUCCUUUUUUGUAUGAAAUAAAGUGUCUGCAAGAUUGUCAACUUGUUGAGGGGAUUGAUCAAGAUCUGUAAUUAUAUGUUUGACAUUCUUAGCAAAUUAAAUAUUUUUCGGAGAAA